CAUCCCGGUUGCUAUUUCACAACCAGCUGUCACAACAUACAAAACAUGCUUUCAUAACAAAAAAAACGCAUUAUUUUCUCGCCGCUCAAGCAUGGUUCUACUAUGAGUGACUACUUUUAUCUAGAUGUUGAAAUAAAACUCGCUGAAGAGCCGAACCAAUUGUCCGCACUAUACCUGAAGGGCAGCAUAGAGCGAUCGCUGACGAAAGUGUUCGGCGAAAUCGGUGGCCAAACUGAGGUUGAUCUGCUGAAAUUUGACGCACAGCGAAAGCGUAUUAUCCUGCGCGUGCCGAAAGAAUUCUACGUGAAGCUCCGCGCUGCCAUAACGCUGAUCGGAGAGUUCCAAGGAGUGCCCUGCAACUUCCAGGUAAAGAAGGCAUCGCCCCUGCUGCUCUCGUUGGUGGAAACGCACGUAGACUUUGCCGGUCAAACCGUCGCUUGAAUCAUGUCGCUGUGUAAAAGCUACGGCAAGGAUAAGGUGAUUUUUGCUACCGCCGAGGAUCAUGCCACGCCGAGCAAGGUGGAGCUACCGGAAUCGGAACCGCGACCGGGACUGAUACUGGAAAAUGGAGACAUCAACUGGAACUGUCCAUGCCUCGGUGGCAUGGCGAUCGGUCCGUGCGGUAACGAGUUCCGGGAAGCAUUCUCUUGCUUCCACUACAGGUAUGUCACUCGUGGGAUUUAUCGAACCAUCCGUGCCUGGAGAACUGUGUUACAUAAACCAACCAUGCUCUCCAUUCUUCCAGCCAAGCACAACCGAAGGGUUCGGAUUGCUACGAAGCGUUCAGCACAAUGAACGAAUGCAUGCGGAACUAUCCUGGCGUGUACAAACAAAACCUCAACGAGGACGAGGAUGAGGAGAGUGGUGCCGGUGUGGCGAGCAUGAUAGCCGACGAAGGCGAGGAAGAGGAUGAUGUCGAUGCGCCUCCUCCGGCAAAGGCGGAAAGCGAAUCAAAAACUGUAGCGACAAAAGCGAACUAAGUUGUAUAAGCGAACAAACAAUAAUAUACGCCAGAGAGUAGUGUUACAGCUGUGA